UUAAAGUCGUUGGGUUUUUUUUCUUUCAUAAUGGUAUUUUCGUUAUUUGGCCAAUAAUGUAUGGUUUUUUCGAAAACCGAGAUAAUUUUUGGAAACCCUAGUAUUGCUGAUAUUUUCCCAGCCCGAUCGCCUAAUUUUUCAACCGGCGUCCAUGGAGGAAGACGGAGAGACUCCACCGGCGACAUCACAUUCGCCGGAUCUGUCUUCUCCGCCGAGAAACCAAACGAAGCCGGAGCCACCGGCUUCUGCUCCCUCGUCUCCGCUGGACGCUUCGGCGUUGAUGCCUCUCAGCCAGGCGGUGGUGGCCGGUGGAGGCGGCAAUAGCAGCAACGGCAGAUCUGGCGGAGGGGGGAGAGAGGACUGUUGGAGCGAAGCAGCGACGGCGGUGCUGAUUGAUGCGUGGGGAGAGAGGUUUUUGGAGCUGAGCAGAGGGAAUCUGAAGCAGAAGCAUUGGAAGGAUGUGGCGGAGAUCGUGAGCAGGGAGGGUUUCGGUAAAUCUCCGACUGAUCUACAGUGUAAGAACAGGAUCGAUACGGUGAAGAAGAAGUAUAAGCAAGAGAAGGCCAGAAUCGCCGCCUGUGGUGGCCCUAGCAAAUGGGUCUUCUUCGAGAAGCUCGACCGCUUACUCGGAGCCGCCGCGAAUUUUCCCAGUACCGGCGGGGGGGGACCCAUGGGAAUUCCGAUAUAUAGCCGUUGGAAUCCGUACCAACGCCAAGCCAAGGCGACACCGCCGCAGCAAGAAGGGGUUGUGAGAAGGUGCAAUGAAUCAACAGGGUGGCAUUUCAGGAAGAGAAGCGCAUCGGAGACGGAGUCGGAAUCAGAGCCUGAGCUCUCCGGCGACUCCGGGGAUAGUCUGCCGGCGCCGCGGCUGCUGUCGGCGAAGCGGGUGAAGAUAGAUAAGACGGGAGGCCGGGGAGAAAGGGAGUUGGGGGAGCUGGUUAGAGCGAUGCUGAGGUUCACUGAAUCGUAUGAGAAGGCAGAGACGGCGAAGCUGAAACAAAUGGCAGAGAUGGAGAAGGAGAGGAUGAAGUUCUUAAAGGAGCUCGAGUUGCAGAGAAUGCAGUUCUUGAAGACCCAGUUAGAGAUAUCACAGCUUAAGCAAGACCAGAUUUUGAAGAAUGAGAAAGAGUAGUGGCGGUGUAAGUAUCUAACGAUUUAGCGAUUGUUCUUGCGAUACUUCUAUGCCAGCUUCUAGAUUGUUAGUAGAUAGGAUUGUUGAUGUUGUGGACGUGUUCAUCUUGUUAAUCAAGUGUCAAUCAUAAAGAUUAAAACUUUAUAAUCUCAAAGCAGUAUGUUCUUCGA